CACCGUUAUCAGUGUGCAAGGUGUCACACUCACAUCCUGUGUUUAUUGAUUGCUCCUCAGUGUUUUUAGUUCAUGUUUUGCUUUUGCACUGUGCUCACCGUGCUGCUAACGUGGAAGCUUCCUCUUUACGACUCGGGGUCAAAGGUUUGACCUCCCGGGAAAUGCAGACGUUCACUUUGCUGGAAACGAAACCGAACUCCACCCGGGGCUGUGGAGGUCCGAUGGCAGGUCUAAUGAGCGGAUCCGGAACCCGGCGGAGAGGACACCCAGCGGCCCUCGCGCUCCUCGCGCUGCUCACCUGCUGCGUCAGGUGUGCGGAGCCUCGCGCCAAGCCGAGCAACAUCAUCCUGAUCGUAUCCGACGACCAGGAUGUUCAGCUGGGGGGGAUGAGCCCCAUGAAGAAAGCCAAGGCCUUGAUAGGAGACGCUGGAGCGACGUUUGUGAACGCUUUUACAGUCACGCCGCUGUGCUGCCCCAGCAGGAGCAGCAUUUUGACCGGCCGCUACCCCCACAACCACGCGGUGAGGAACAACUCCCUGUCGGGGAACUGCUCCAGCCUCCAGUGGCAGAAGGGCCCCGAGUCGGGGGCCUUCCCCAUCUACCUCAGCAAACAGAAGUACCAGACGUUCUUCGCCGGGAAAUACCUUAACCAGUAUGGUAAGAAAGAUGCAGGAGACGUCGGCCAUGUUCCACCUGGCUGGGACCAGUGGCACGCGUUGGUGGGCAACUCGCAGUACUACAACUACACGCUGUCAGUCAACGGCAAAGAGGAGAAACACAGCGACAGUUACGAGCACGACUAUCUGACGGACCUCAUAACGAACCGGUCUCUCAACUUCCUGGACAACAGGAGUCCUCAGCAUCCGUUCUUCCUGAUGCUGUCCCCUCCGGCUCCUCACUCGCCGUGGACGGCAGCACCGCAGUACCAAAAACACUUCACCGACAUUCGAGCCCCUCGAGACGGCAGCUUUAACAAACCAGGGAAGGACAAACACUGGCUGCUGCGUCAGCCGGUCAACCCCAUGCCGAACAGCUCCAUCGAUUUCCUGGAUAAUGCGUUCAGGAAAAGGUGGCAGACCCUCCUGUCUGUGGACGACAUGGUGGAGCUGCUGGUGAAGAAACUUGACAGUAUGAAGGAGCUGGACAACACCUACAUCUUCUACACCUCAGACAACGGCUACCACACAGGUCAGUUCUCUCUGCCCAUUGACAAGAGGCAGCUGUAUGAAUUUGACAUCAGGGUCCCGCUCAUGGUCCGCGGUCCCGGCAUCAAACCAAACCAGACGCUGCAGGCUCCGGUGUUGAAUAUUGACUUGGCUCCCACCAUACUGGACAUAUCUGGUGUCAACGUGUCCUCUGUGAAUGUGGACGGGCAGUCUUUCCUCGCUCAGAUGGCUCCAUCUCUGCGUAAUGGGACUGCACGGCCCUUUUUCCUCGUAGAAUACACCGGAGAGGGGCAGCCCACGACAGACCCUGCUUGUCCCAAACUGGGCCCUGGACUGUCUCAAUGUUUCCCGGACUGCGUGUGCGAAGACGCCUACAACAACACGUACGCCUGCGUCAGGACCCUCGACGGCAAAAACAACCUUCAGUACUGCGAGUUUGCAGACAGCGAGUCGUUCGUGGAGGUGUACAACCUGACGUCGGACCCCUACCAGCUGGAGAACAUCCUGAAGAAGGUGGAUCCGGCCGUCCUGCAGGAGAUGAACCAGCGGCUCAUAAAGCUCCAGUCCUGUGAGGGCGACAGCUGCCGUAACAUCGAGUGAACAGGAAGCUGCCAAAAUGACCAACAGUUACCACAAGUAUGACGGCUGGAGAGGCCUUUCUUCAUAUUAAUGUUUCCUGCUGUGAAGGUUCGCCACGUCUCAGGAGGGAAGGCACAGGUGGAGGAGACUCAAUGCUGCCUGUCAGUCACGGGACACUUGGACAGAACAGGAAGUAAAGGUUUCACAUUUUGGAGGCGACUGCACACGUUUUCAAAAUGUUCUGCCUUUGACUUUAGUUCAACACCUGUGCUUUUCCUGCUGUGACAAAUCAAAAUGUCUGCUGUGAAAAGGUCUGUUUUUUUCUGAGCUGAGCUCUUAUACUGUUAGUUUAUGUAUUUACUAUAAGAUAAACUCUACCCGUCUGUUAUGUGUUUCUGCAUAUAAACUGCACUAGAAACUUUCUUUUGUUCUUUAAAAUGUUCAGGGUUUAAAUUGUCUUCUGAACAUUUUCACAGAAACACAAAAUGGCUCCAGUAUUUGUCAGAUGUGGAGAUUUAUUCUGAAAACAGACGCUGCCAAAGGUUUGUUGUUAUGCCAGUCAUCUCUAAAGGAAUAGUUCCAUGUUUUCAGAAAGCAUCUCUGAGUGUUAGAUAAGAAGAUUGAUGCUAAGCUAAGCUAACAGGCUGCUGCCUCCACAUAUUUAUGGCGUUGGAGUCAAUCUUCCCAUCGAAUUCUCUGCAAAAUUCGUUAACCAAAUGUCAAACUGUUCCUUUGAGAUGAACCGCUGCAGAGUUCAGCGGUUCUCUUGAAUGUCUUCUAUGCAGCACUUCUAGUGAAAGAAGACAAAGUCUUUGUCCAGUGGACACAAUUGGUGUGUCCAAUCAUUGCUCCAGUUUUGUGCCACUUUUUUAAAAAUGUUUAAAAGGAAAAAAAUGUUCAUUGAAAUCUUUAACAUUGAGUAUUGAUAAUAUUUGAGCCCUUUUUAAGUGGAGGCUGACAAAAGUGACUUUUGAAAUGUGAGCUUUUGUUUUAAUUGUGAGGAACUGAAGGGACAUUUGAAAUGAACACUUUAAGCCUGUCUGCCUUGUGUUUGCACUGACGAGCCUCAUGUGCCUUUUUAAAUGUGAAUGUUUUUGCACUAUGAUCAAAAUAAAUCAAAAUAAGCAUUUAAA